AUGUCUUCAAAUCAAAAGCCCUCGAUGGGCCCCCCAGAAACACCGAGCAGAUAUAUGCAGCAACAGUCUCCGGGCCUUUUUCCAACAUUGCAGCUCUCCCCAGACAUGUAUGCUCACCAGUUCUCCGCAGGGCCGGCUACGGCUCCAAUAUACACGAGUCAAAGCCUGUUCUGGGACCCCUCCAAUGUGGACUUCCAUUCCCCCUCUCUCUCCCAGCAAUACCAAGGGUCAUUUCACUAUAGCCCGGUGGUACUAAGCAGCUCUUUUGCCUCUUCAUCCACGGUGGUACCAAGCUUUGUUGCACAAGAUGUGCUCUCAGAAGAACAGCCUUAUGACCUGCCUAGCCUACCACGCUCUGCCAGCUACUCCAAUAUCGACAGCUCUGCCUUUCCUGCCCCAUUCACAACCUCACCGCGUGUGUUUCAGCCACAGAUGGAGAACCCAAGCAUGUUUCUGAGCUCACCGGCACGGCGAUUCGGCGCUACUGACCAAUUUCCGGGACGCCUCGCACAGAAUUCUGUUCCCGAGCGACCGGCUUAUGCGCAUCAGAUUGAGGAAUCCAGGCGAGAGGAGGAACUGAAGCGAAUGAGGCGUGGGGAGAUGAAGAAGCCGUCCAUCACUCGAUCGGUAAUGGAAGCUUUAAGACGACCUAUUACCCCCAAGAAGGACAGCAGGCCGGGCCUCAAGCGGAGUUUGACACAUACUGGAGUGCGGAACGACCGGGGCCUUAAACUUCAGACUCAGGGCGCCCGCGAAGGACGCAACUCACCCGCCCUCUCCGAACACAAUCGGCACCGAUCAGGGCGCUCGUCACCUCUCAAGCCGACCGCAGACCCCGUCUCGCGGGCACUCACCAGCAGCCGCAAUGCUAAGCGAGCAUCACUCUCACUUGCAAUCGACGAAAAUGGCGUGGCCAAGACGGUCAUGACUCAAGAUGCUCGAGAUAUGGACCUUGAUGAGGCAUCAGAUAGCGGGGUCGAGUCCUUUGACGACGCAGACCUUAACAUGCUCCACAGCCAAAGCAAUUCUUUCGCCUUCGGGAGCUAUGAAGAUCCGGCACAAGCGGACAGGUUUUAUGGGCAUUCAAAGACUAGUUCCCGUUCCACCAUGGCCUCGUUCAGCUCUGCAAGACAGUCAUCUUACCAAAGCUCUGCCUCUAGUGCAACAAAACCCAGAGGAUCCGAAGGAUAUCACGUUCGAAGGCAACGGCCUAUUCUUGGCUCUACGAUUGAAGACGACACCCUGAUGGAAGAAGAAUCUAGUGGCGAUGCCCAACACGCAUUGCGAGCCAUUAUCCAGGAUCGCUCUCGGUCAACAUCGGCACAAGGGGACAACAACAACCCCAUGCAGCUGCAUUCCUCUCCCCCCUUGCAGCAAGCCCAAUAUGCUUUAUAUAACGCCUCGCCAACAACAAUCACGGAUCCGGAUCUAGCCACGCCGAGCACCGACAGGGAGAGUCUGGCCAGCAACGUGAGCAUGCGUUGCUUGUGCAAGUCUCCCAUGCUUGACGGAUCGGUGCCCAUGAUUCAGUGGUAA